AUGCCUCCCGCACAGCCAGUUGAUAUGCUAAACAACACGCUCCAAGAAAUCGUCUUCAGAACGAAGAACGCUGAAAAGUUCAAACGACUGGCACGCAACACUCAUUUCAACGUCAGAGAAGUUGAAGCGCUGGCGAUAAUUCAUCGGAAAUGCGUACAAACUUUUGGACCUAUAAGCAGAUCCAUACUUCGUGAUAUCUUCCAACCAGGCCUAGACUUAACGGAGAAUAUUCGCCAUUUAUUGAUCGACAGAGUAUUCACUGCGUUCGAUAAACGUCACGCUUUGCAGGUACACCUUGAUGAUUGGAUCGAAGGACUUUCGGUAUUAAUUCGUGGGAGCAUGGAUGAGCAGAUACACUUCGCUUAUCAAGUGUACGAUAACAUGAAGACCAACACAUUAAAGAAGGAGCAUAUAUUUCUAAUAAUGCACGGUUGUCUAAUCAAACUGCAAAAUAAUGAAAACCCCGACGAAGCAGUUAAGGAUAUGAUAGAUUUGCUGAUUAAGAAACUCGACGUGGACCGCGACGGGAGCAUUUCCGAAGAGGAUUUCAAAAUUGCUGUGAAAGACAGAAAUUCACUCCUGCUGGAGUGCAUGGGUCCCGUGUUCCCUUCCAGAGAAGCUCGCAACGUCUUUUUAACCACCUUCACGGAUCGUCUGGGAAGAUACUAACAGAUACUAAUCGAGAAAUUAUUUCGAUCGAACCGCAUUGUUUCGCCAGGAAUUUUUGCCAAGGGCGAUGGCACGUCGAAUCCUGCCAAAGGCAGCCCUUAUUGAAAAGCCAAGAGCGUGUUCUCGCCAGUAGGGGAGGAAAAUGUGCCAAAUCAGACAGAAGAGAUCCGUCUAGAACAAACCGCGCUCGUAUUUCCGUCCUCUACGACCGAAAAGCAAUAAUUCUUCGCCCCACUGGCCGCGCGUGGAAACCGACGCGGUACGGAGAAAACCGAGGGCUAACCGAACGGACGAUAAAUCAGCGGAUUCGUUAGCGGAAUCUUCCUGAAUCCAUUUUACCGGGAGGCGUGCUUGGGGGUAGAUCCUGCUGUUUCGACAAGACGGUGUCGUGUUCGAACGGGUGACCUCGUGCUGCCGUUCGUCCUCUCCCUCUUGCCAGCCCCCGUACAUGGUCGAUGGUCAGCUAUGGACAACCUCCCACCCACUGAUCCCUGACGACGAUGAAAUAUAUCCCAUCGAAUUCGGAAUGCUGCCGGGUGAAAGCCACGACUCGAGUCCCAAGACGUCCAGGCUGCAGUGUCAAAAGCACUGUGAUGAAGAAAUUUUACCACAUAAGAGGAAGUAGAACAUCGAAGCCACUGGCAAAUUCAAAUUUCAGGUAUAGAUUGAGAGCCUAGCAUCUUAUUAUGCCAAAAGAAUGACACUGCUCCAAAAGUGCAGAGUUAAUUUUAGCUCCUCACGUUCCAUCACGAAUAGAAAUUUGAUCACAUAAGAUCUUCUUCUUUAUUCCUCCCAACAACAUUACUUCGAAUUCAAACAAACCUCCAGAGCAUACGAUCUGCAUACUACUUCCUCUCGAAACAGUUUAAUGUCGAGUGACCAAGCCAGUGGUCCUUUCAUCCACGUUUCGAGAAUCACGAAAACCUCCACUUCAUUUCGUCGCCGAGUGUAUGGAGGAAUAAAAGAAAGAGUCGUCGCGGGACGGAGCAAACGAGGCUCUCGGAACUACGAAGCCUCGGGUCCGUAACGAUCGAAGCCAGCCCUCGAGAUUUCUUUUUUGCAGAUUCACCGCGUUGCGUGCCCAUAAUGUCCCACGAGCUGUCUUCGUGCGGGCAUGUCGAGCAAUUUCGAGAUCCCUGGAUCGUUCGUCCGAAUCGUCGCAGCGUGAACUCGUCUUCGCCCCGCCCUGUGGGUGCGAGCGAGAGGAUCCCGGGCCCCAUAACCUGACGAAUUAAUCGCGGACGUGGCUACGCGACCGUAUCUUGCCACAAACGUGGGACACCCCUUUUUUCGUGGCGAGUUUUACGGAGUCCCGUCGCCGGACGUGCGGCCAGCCUCGCGUGGACGCUUCAGCUUCCUUUUUCGUCCGUAUCUUGUUAGCGUAACCCCGCAUAAUGAGGCGUAAAUUGCCACGGUGGAUCCUUCCGACGAACAGACUUUGUCCGCAGUGGCGUAGCUGCUGGCGAGACACGGACGGGGAACGUGUUCCUCUGCUGUGCUCGGCGACCCGUGUGAUUGCGUGGAAGUUGGAUUGUUUGCAUCGCUCGGGAGUUGGGAAGUUAUCGCGUUGAUAAUAUCCCGGGGCGAGGGGCGAUUGCGGACGACUGCCGUAGACGUAUGCGUGAGCACCGUGUGCACUUGCAUGAUGAGUUUUUCUACAGUGGAUUAUGGAUGAUUUUUGGGGGUGGUUGUCGCUAUAAUUUCCUAUAGUAUAUUCUCUGAAUACUUUUCUUUUUUUUUUUUUUUAAUUACUUUAUUUAAGGUCACAUCAGCUACAGAGGUUAUUAGUGACCACGUCGACGAUUACAAUUUAAUUAUAAUUAACACGUUAUAUUUCAUUAAUAUCUUGAUUAAAUCGAGGAAUUCGUUUCUGUUGGUACUCCCUGACAUUCUUCAAUUAAACGUUUUACUGUAAGGGAUUCGUCGCAAAAUUCAUUUUGUAGCAAUGAGUCUGUGUGGCCAAUUCUCGAUCUUGAUAGUGUCACUUGCAGUCUUCUAUCUGCUAAAGUUGGAAUUGUAUCGCUGGUCGAGUUUCGUGUUUGGUGUAGUUUCUGCAUUAUUUCUUUAAAAGAGGAGAUUUUAUUCUUCAUUCAGUACACGAAUAUUUCCUUGUAAUAGUAGCUACGUACAAACAAUGCUCGUUAUUUGGAAACAAGGUUUGCUGGACCAGUGGCCUUUUGGGAUUUAUGGGUCCAAUUACCCGUGCCAUAUCAGAGUCAGGCCUCCCGAAGCAGAUCAUGAUUCAAGGACUCCCCCUGGCAACCAUUAUGCUCUCCUUCUGGCUGAAUCGCAUUUAAAUUCUUAAAAUUGCCGAAGCUCGGCCGUUUCUUUGCGCACAUUUGAAAAUUACUUCCUGCUGUGUGUUAUUUGUUCGGGAGAAACAAAGUAAAUUAUGGCGUGUAAAAGUUCGGGGCGCGAAAGAUCAAGGCGCGGCGCGAAAGUUGCGCAGAUUAUCCAAUUUAGCCGAUUUAUAACGAGACAAACGAGGUUGCCGUGUGCCAGAUGUCACGAGACAACGCGGCGAAAGAGGCGGCGAAACUUUGAUGCAAACUGGCCCCCGAAGUGUUUCUCUCGUGUCACGCACGUGCUCGUGCGAAAUUUUUUGUCAGAACGCCUUCUCGCCUUCUUUUUGGUGCCCCGUGAAACGGCUAAAGUGUCGCUCGAUAUAAUCCAUUUUCGAAUGUGCCCACGUCAUCCGACGCCGUUAAUAAACGA